CUGAUCACAAAGGGCAACCUGCCAAACACGCACACGUUUAUUGAUUUAUCACCACGAUCCUUCAUCACUUGCUUCGCACUUCUGCGUUCGUGGAUUACGGAACGUGAGAAACCAGAGAAGAUAAAUUGUUUAGUAUUUUUUACCUUCAGGCUACUUCAAGAUAGAAGCUUUCUUGGAAAAUAUUAGGUCGGUUAGUGACCGUGCGAUGAAGCCUGAAAGCGCGAUCCCGUGUUCUGAGAUGGAAGGCAAGACAACACGACCUCUCAGGCACGCUGCUAAAAAGUCCAGCAUAAGUUUGAAAUGCCACAGUUGUCAAAGACGAUUUCCUUCAUUUGUCCGACUUCAGAGGCAUUUAAGCUUAGUACACAAAAGCUCUGGAAAGCUUUUCUGGUGCAGCAAAUGUAGUUUGGCGUUCAAUGAAAUCUCGCUGUUCGUGCGACAUUCCCGCAUAUGCCGCCAAGAUGUCGAUCAAGGCGACACAGGCCCACACGAAACGCCCCACUCGUCCACAAACGCAGUCAGGCAUUGCAAGGAAGAUGCGCCUGGUCAAAAGACUAUAAAGGAAAGUGAAUGUUCUGGAAAUGCAAGUGAAAAUGAUGUAGCAAUUUCUUCAGAUUGCGGAGACAACUGCAAAGAAGCUGUAACCCCAAGCGAUGAAAUUAAAGAAAAGCAAGAUGUCUUGGAUAGCGAGAGUCUUGCAGCUGUCUCUGCUGCUUCUCUGACACCAAAGGCUGCUGUUUCAUCUCAUUUAGAUUGUAACAAAAGCACGUAUGCUCAGGCUGAAAGGUCUAUUGGUAAUGGAAAACUGGUUGGCAGUCAGACUUCAUUAAGUGAGCAAGGAAGGAGCCUGACUGAAAGAGAAUAUGACCAAAACUUCAUGACAGGCUCGUUACUCGCUGGCCACCCAACAAUGGCAAACAUCGGUAAGACAAUGAAUUUGAGGUCUGACUCACCUUUUUCACCCAAAGCCUAUCUAGACAGAACACAACGGACUACAAGGAAGCAUACUACACCACGGAGAAACCUAAAACUUGCCCGCCACAUGAGAAAACCGAUUGCUAGCCCAAAAAAACAAGUACCCAGUAAUCAUCGACUUUCUUCAACUGUAUGCAGCAAAACCCAGGAUGAUAUGAAUAUAAGCAUUCCAGCGACAGUGAGGACUGUGAAUUUAAUGACAUCCGUGGCUGAGGAUAAUGAUUCUGAAGCAAAAGAAGAGAGAGCAGAGAUUUUGUCCUAUUUACGAACAGUGACAGCGAAGUUAGAUGCUGUCAUACGGCAUUUUAAUGUUCCUUUUUCGGACUUUGGCACCGGUAUGCUCUCAUCUCCGCUAAACAGCGGACAUAGAAUUGGCCAGAUCCAACGGAUACGAAGCAAAGAGCCAGAUUUUAGUCAAGAACAAGCUAGCGCACAGAACCAUUAUCCUCCAAAAUCACCCAACCAGCAAUCUUGUUCAUCAUCUGUAACUGGAAGCAACAAUAGGAGCAUUGAUCGAUUUCCGGCAGCCAUUCAACCCGAACUUGAACGUCACGUGAAAGAGAGAGAUUUUGAGCAGGAAACGCCAAUCUCUAGUGAUGAUUUUUCUGAGCAGAUACCGUCUCCUUCUUCUGGUUGUCAGAUAGUCGAGACGGUGACAUAUGAUACAGCCCGAAUUGCACUGCCUGAAGAAGUUGUUCAAGACCUUCACUCCAAAAGUUUAAAUCGUGGCAAUUUCGCGAAGCACUUAGUAUUUAGUUUGUUCUCCCCUGACGAAAGAAGAGGGAAGAACUGCUUUGGUAGAAGAGCUGGCUUACAAAGUGGUCCUAAAGCGCCACUUGAUCCGAUUAGGCUCCAGUUUGUGAGGGAUAAAGUUUUUCAUUAUUAUCCAUGUGAGCCUGGUCUUGAAGAGACUAUCUGGAGACGGCAGUGUGUCAUUGCAGUGGAUACAGCGUUACGCGGUGAAAACAGGCCACACAAGAAGAUUGGUGAGAGCUUUUCAAGACAGUUCUGCGGAAAUACACCGUAGCAGUAAGGGUUUCUCCUUAUAUCUCCCUCAGCUAGGAAGAUAAAGUGCUCCUAUCCUAUUCCAUACGCGAAUUUUUAUGGAUGUGACAUCACUUAACAUGGUUUCUACGAAAUUUGUACAUACACUGAAAACUUCUGUUUUGUUAUCCGUUAUCCGUGACAUCACUUAACAUGGUUUCUACGAAAUUUGUACAUACACUGAAAACUUCUGUUUUGUUAUCCGUUUUUUAUAUACCAUGCAUCCUCUGCCGUCUCUCUCUUUCUACUAAAAUUUAUGGCUGUAUGCAUCAUUUUUUGAGUAUUUAUAAUGACAGCAGAUAGAGCGAGAAUCUCGUGGUUUCCCGGUCAGCAGCGCGUUGAUAUUGUGUUUAAACCAGGGUUUAUUAUAAUGUGCAGUGAUAACCAAUUUGUACGGGGAUAAAUCGUAGUUUUGCAGUGAAAAAAAUUAAAUUUUGUGCAAUGAUAAAACUGAAAAAAGAGUUUUGGUAUAAAAAAGUAAAAUUGCAGCAACUACCAGUAGACAUUUAAAAAGAGCAUUAAAGUAUUAAAAACAAGAACAUAACAGUACCAAUCAUCGUAAUCUUUUGAAUCUCUCUAAAAUUUGUUCAGGAUCUAGAAGCUUUCUAGUUCUUUCGCUCUUUAUCUUCUCCUUUGAGACCUUUUUUUCUCGAGAACAUGUUUAAGCCUAGACAACUUUUCCUUGUCGAAAUCUCUCGUAAGGCUUUGAUGUGUGUUUCUAAAGUUUCACAUACAGUUAUUUUGAUAGGUGUGGUCAUACAAAUUUGAAUGGCAAACUCAAAUCUUUAAAAAUUUUGAUUAUGUGCAGUGAUAAAAAUUUCUUAAAAUAAACAUUGGUUUAUAACCAGCAUUAGUAUUUCUGAAAGUAAUCAUUGUGACGUAGGAAGUAUAUUUAUAUUUUUGUAUCUUUUUAUUUUGCUUUAUCAAAGAUUUAGUUGUUGUUUGCAAACAAUUUCGAUUGUUAUGUUAAGCCUUAAGAUAUUUCCAUCAACAGAAUAUUUGUUGGAGGAGAUAGAGUGGGUCGUUUUCGAAUUUGUUCACAAUUUUUAACGCGUUGUUUUUCUUAUACUGUCAUUUCCAGAAUUGGCAGGAUGGUUGGAAUUAGAUAUAAGGCCUUCAUGAGCCUUUGUUUCGCUACUGCCUCAAUUUACGUCCGUUUAGGCUGGAAUACUUCUAGUGGGUUAAAGAAUUCCUGAUUGAAAGAUAGAAUGAGGUUUAGAAUAAGCAAUGUGGCUGGACUUUUAGGUAGAAAUUUAAAAACCAAUUGGGUUGAGAAUUAUAAAAAUUGAGGUGCUCUCCUUUAUUGACAGUAUUUUGUAUGAGUAUCCUAGGAGCAUUCAAAGAACGUAAGACGUUUAAACAUUUAAGUUAAUACAAUUUCCCUUCCUCUUUAUUAAAAUUCAAUAAGCGCCCUAAUCCUGUUUUUUCGAGAGUUGAGAGAAUUGAUCAACGACAACUGUUGUUUACUUAUGGUGAUAUAACUAUGAUUGUUCUAUAUUGAUCACAUAGAUCUGUUAUAAUAUGGAACGCUUAUUUUCAGUAACGUUUGUACCUAGUCUUACUUUUAUAUGAGCUGUCUAUAUCAUUCUUUUCUUCUCCAGAAAAAUCAAUUUAAAUUCCUUUUCUUGAUUUAUCAACAAAAGCCACGCAUUUCAUCCCUAAAUUUAACUUGUAGCUAAUUGAAUUUAUUCACUUGAAUUUUAUUCAUCUAGAGUGUAGUUUAUGUUUUUUGAGUUUAAUUGUGGAUUACAUUUUGAAUUGCAUUUUGAAUUGCAUUUUGAAUUGCAUUUUAUUUGGCAUGCUUUUUGUAAGCUACUUAUUCUAGAAAAUUGUGCAAUGUUAAGAUAGCAUUGGAUGUGACACUCAUUUUCGUCAAGGGAUUGUUCUGUACUUUAAAUUGUUGAUAAGCUCGAAAACUUUUGUAAAACUCACCUUUAAUUAUCAGAUUUGCCAGAACGAAGAAAUAUGAAAGAAGUAUAAAAACCGAGGCAAGAAAGUAAAAGUGAUCGUAGACAAAAACCUUUCUGCCGCAAGUAAAACACCACUAUCGACGAAAUAAAGCAUAAUUCGGUCUUUAAAAUAUGCACCUUUCAGACUUUGGCUACAUGUAAAAUAUUUGCAUCUUUGCAAUCGUGUCCGGCGUGAGAAAGUUAACAAAAUUGUUAAAACUUUCAGCUGAACGGGCUUAAUAUGUAGCGCACUGAAUUAAUGUUGUCAUCCGUUGGCUUCCACUUGCUCCAAUACGAGGAAGUAAUAAUUAUUGAAAUUAGUUGAAGGAGGUGAGCAACUAACUUUGUCUAAGUUCUUAGACUAUUUAGGAAUAAUGGGGUGUUUAUUUUGGAUCUUAGUCUAUCAAGAGUUGGCACUCUGGUAUUGAAGACAAAUGGAGUUGUAGAAUCCCAGGCAUUUUUAUAAGCCCCCCCUUCGAAUAAGCCCUUAUCUAUAAACUGCCUGAAAAAUUAGCCCCCAAGGAUGUUAGUUUGAGGAUAGCCACCAAUGGGCCACCAAAAGUUGGCCAAACUAACGGGGUGGCCGUAUUGACGAGGAAGGGUCAAAUUUUGGAGUUUAAAGGGCAGAAAUUGGAACUGUUCUGCUAAAUAGACAUCUGGAAAUGCAGAUAAAGUUGUAAAAAAAUAUGUUAAAUAACUAGUCCACAAACAAAAUGAAACGGAAGUCCUGGGUUCUUGGGCCUUGAUCACCAAGUCAUGUUCGUGAUUUUGCAAAAAAUUGGUGACUUUUGACUGGUUCGUUCUGCGUUCCAGUCAAAUGCUGACAGGAGGAAAAUUCUUUCCACAAGGGUGCUGCCCAAUUGUAUCGAACCACUCUCGGUCGGAAUCGAAUUCCAGUUUGCUGCUUCAAAGACCCCCGCCACACACAGCUAUUCUGUGCCCCUGCUCAUUCCAUUGAGCCAAACGGCCCAAUGAAAUGAGCGAUGAAUCGAUGAAUCUCCGAAGCCAACACUGGAGAUCCUUCUCGUUUCCCUGUGAUUAGUGUGCCGAUUUCUAUUGCUUGGGGCCACGAAAUGAUGAUGACUCAACAUCGUCAGCAAGCCAAUUGCCAGAAGGGAAGUUGGGACAGCUUUUGGCAGAAACAAUUGACCCUUUGUGGCAUCAUUUAA